UUCUGUGUGUGUUAGUUUGUGUGUGUGGUGUGUGUGUGUAUGUACUUGUUAUCAUAAAUUCAUUGACAAGUCAGGGAGUUAAAAGUGUUUUCAUUGAGAGUGUCCCAAGUUUUUCUGAAGGAGAUUUUUGUGCUUCAUCGAAACUUGAUCAUCUUCCUUGUUAAAUACAAUAAUCAUUAGUGGCCACAACUGUGAACAUAGAAACUUCUUGUGUGUAUCAUCAAAAGCCAACAAUCAACUAAAUCAUCUCAGAAAUCAACGUAAUCCAUUCAAUCGUAAUCAAUUUCCUAAAACUAGAGCAGAAAAGUCAAUCAGGAAGAAAGAACCAUGGAAGACGAAUCAUUGAAAAGCAGCAAAGGACACGAGGUUCCUGAGGCCUUACUCCUUUAUCCAUCUUUCAAGGAAAGACAAAAAAGACGAAUGAGUCUUCCCAUAGGAAGGUUGGCCACCGGUCUUGAGAAAACCACCAACCGAAGUCGCCGAAAUUCAUCAACAUCCGUCUCUUCAUCUGCCUCUUCUUAUACAGAGUCAAGCUCUGAAGAUGAAACCGGAACUUCGCCUCGGGAUAAAGUUCAACGAACCUCUAAAGGAUUCACUGAUUUUUGUGUUAAAAACAUCACACAAGCUCCAUAUGGACGAAAAGAGAUUGAAAUGGCUGAACAAGAGAUGCCUGGUCUGAUUGCCUUGAGGAAACGAGCCCAAGAAGAUAAACCUCUAAAAGGAGCUCGAAUCAUUAUUUGCACUCACAUCACUGCUCAAACAGCGGUUCUUGUCGAGACUCUUGUGGCCUUAGGAGCCAGUAUACGUUGGGCUUCAUGUAACAUCUAUUCAACCCAAAAUGAAGCGGCUGCUGCCAUCGCCGAAGCUGGUAUACCCAUUUACGCUUGGAAAGGGGAAACUGAGGAAGAUUUUUGGUGGUGCAUUGAUAAAAGUAUCUCUUCAGAAUCAUGGCAACCAAAUAUGAUUCUAGAUGAUGGAGGUGAUGCGACUCAUUUACUAAUCAAGAAAUAUCCUGCUGCAUUCCAUUUGAUUAAAGGAAUUGUUGAAGAAUCGGUAACUGGAGUUCAUCGUUUAUAUCAGCUUUCGAAAGCUGGUAAAUUAACCGUUCCUGCAAUGAAUGUUAACGAUUCUGUCACCAAAACCAAAUUUGACAAUCUCUAUUGUUGCCGGGAAUCCAUACUAGAUGCACUUAAGCGUGCAACCGAUUGUAUGUUUGGUGGAAAACAAGUCGUUGUCUGUGGUUACGGCGAGGUCGGUAAAGGCUGUUGUUCAGCUUUAAAAGGAAUGGGAGCCGUAGUUUAUGUUACCGAAAUUGAUCCUAUUUGUGCUCUUCAAGCUUGCAUGGAUGGAUUACGUGUUGUGACCCUACCUGAGGUCAUUAGCAAAGUGGACAUCAUAAUCACUGCCACUGGGAGUAAAAAUGUCGUUACUCGAGAUCAUAUAGAUUCUGUUAAAUCGGGUUGUAUUAUAUGUAAUAUGGGUCAUUCUAAUACUGAAAUUGACGUGCAAAGCCUGAGAACUCCCGAUCUUACCUGGGAACGAGUUCGAUCUUCCGUUGAUCACAUUACAUGGCCUGAUGGUAAAAUGAUCAUUCUUGUUGCUGAGGGUCGACUCAUCAACCUGAGUUGCUCCAGUAUCCCAUCAUUUGUAGUUUCCAUCACCGCUGCAACUCAAGCCUUAGCCCUAAUUGAAUUAUACAAUGCUCCAAGUGGGAGAUAUAAAUCUGAUGUUUAUUUAUUGCCCAAAAAAAUGGACGAAUAUGUCGCUAGCCUUCAUCUUCCUACUUUCGAUGCCCAUCUAACUGAACUUAGCGAUGAUCAGGCCAAAUUUAUGGGCCUAAAUAAAGCUGGACCAUUUAAGCCCAACUAUUACCGGUAUUAAUUUAGACUUUUACUAUGGAAAUAAGCCUGUGGUCACACCUUUUUAAGGAUUAUCAUUAUUCCUAUUCAUCUUUUCAUCAGCCAUUCCUCAUGUUAUCAAAACAGAACGAGAAAACCCACAAAAAACAAUAAACAAAGAGAAUGGUCAUUUUAAUCCAUGGAUUAGAUUGUUACCCCUUAAAAGACCAUCACUGUUAAACUUGCAAAGAAACUCCCGGAUUAAUUCAACGAACAUACUAACACAUAGUAUAUUCAAAAAGUUACAAUGAUUAAUAUAUAACUAUUUAUAUGUAUUCAUAUAUAUUAUAUAUUGAAAAUUAGUGGAAAUCUAAAUGAAUCCAAAAUAAAACCAAAAAGCAAGAUGAACCGAGAUAAA